GGCGCUGGCACGCAGUUGAAAUAGCCACCCAAAUACGAGCAACAGAGACGCAUGGAGUCGCCGCCACGGUCUGUGAGCCCGCCCCACAUUAGCCGCAGCCGAUCGUCGCGGUCGUCGAUCACAUCGACGUCGACGAGAGACCUCUUGCGCACCGACUCUGGCGAGGCCCGGCCGCGGUACAUGCAAGAGACUACGUCGAGCAUCCAAAAGCACGGCUCCGCCGACGAGGGGUCACCGCCCAAAGUGCUCUGCCACCCGCCCGGCAACCCGAUGCUCGCGUCCCGCCGGUCCUCCAAGCUCGAUCUUCAGCCCGAGCCUGUCGUGCGCCGUACGAGCAACUCGAGUCCGCCCAAGACGACCGAGGUGGAGCGCCAGCUCGAGGAAAUGACAAUGCACUACCACCGGCUGCAAGCGACGCUCGCGGACAAGGAUGCGAUCAUCAGCACCUUUACGCAGACGUGCACGCGUCUCCAAGCCGACUGCGAGCUGUUGGCAGAGAACGCGGCGAGCUGGAAGGCGCGGUACGAAGCGCUUUGCCACCACGAAAGUCCGAGCCCAGAACAACCGGACUCGACAACGAUCGACGACGCCGUCCUUGAGUUGCGCAGUAUCCUGCUCGUCGAGGCCGACGAGAUGCCUACGAAGAAACCCCGCGGCCAAACGCCCUCGUAACUUGCCUCUCAUUAACCCCUGUAACAUAGUACGGUCGUCUUGGCAACACAA